UUGGAGCUGGGAGCGCUCCGAUCCCGCCGCCAUUGCUUCCUGGUCCUGAGUGUCUUUCCCAGGCAAGCCUGCGGCUCCCGCCGGAGGUGCCGGUGGCCGGGUUUUAGGGAGCGAUGACAACGGUGAGGAGAGAGGCGUUCGGGCGGAUGCCCCCGGAGCAGGGAGGCGGAGAGGUGGAGAAGUUCGUCUUACAGUCGGACAGCGUGAGAGUGGAGAUCCUGUCUUUUGGGUGCAUCAUCACUGCUCUGGAGACAAAAGACAGGGAUGGGCAGUUUUCAGAUAUUGUCCUAGGAUUUGACACUUUAGAAGGUUACACGAGGAAGCACCCGUUCUUUGGUGCUGUCGUGGGCCGUGUUGCCAACAGGAUUGCGAACGGCAGGUUCAACCUGGACGGGAAGGAGUAUAAGCUGUUCAUCAACAAUGGGCCCAACAGCCUGCAUGGAGGAGCCAAGGGGUUUGACAAGGUUCUCUGGAGCCCCCAGGUGCUCCCAAAUGGUGUCCGCUUCUUCCGGCUCAGCCCCAACGGUGAGGAAGGCUACCCUGGUGACCUCAAAGUCUGGGUGACCUACACCCUCAGUGGCAGGGAGCUGGCCAUCAACUACCAGGCCCAGACCAGCAAGACAACCCCCAUCAGCCUGACAAACCACUCAUACUUCAACCUGGCAGGGCAGGGCUCCAGGGAUGUCUAUGACCACGAGAUCUCCAUUGAAGCAGAUUCCUACCUGCCUGUGGACGACACCAAGAUCCCUACUGGGGAGGUGGCUGCCGUUCAGGGCACUGGAUUCGAUCUCCGGCAGCCUGUGGAGCUGGGCAAGCACUUGCAGAAGUUUCAUCUGGAUGGCUUCGACCACAACUUCUGCCUGCAUCAGGGGCAGGACCGAUGCCUCGUGGCCAGGGUUUUCCACCCAGCCAGUGGCAGGACCAUGGAGGUUCACACCACCCAGCCUGGCAUUCAGUUUUACACUGGGAACAACCUGGAUGGCUCCCUGAAGGGCAAAGGUGCUGCCACGUACCCCAAGCACUCAGCUUUCUGCCUGGAAACCCAGAACUGGCCUGAUGCUGUUAACAAGCCUCACUUCCCCAAUGUUCUGCUCCAUCCUGGUGAGGAGUACAACCACACCACGUGGCUCGUGUUCAACACUGCUUGAGGAGAAGGGUGCUGACUCCCACCACUGAGAGGGGACUUGCACUUCGUUGAGGGCUUCCUGAUGGUGAACGGCUGAAAGGAAAAGAAUCCACAAUUAACAUUUCAGUAGCUGCUUGGGAAUCACAAACACAGAAAAAAGCAACAGGACUAUACCCAGACUCUGGUUCCCUUUAAGCACUUUUUAAAAAUAAAAUAAUGAAUCACUAUUGACAAAAGUUAACAAGUUGAUGAUCUGGAGAUAAUACAUUUCUUCUUUACUGUUAUUUUUAAAAUGAGAUCACUGUAAGGCCAUCUUAAAGAUGACCUCCAAAGGCGUAAGAUACUUCUUCACUGUUCUGAUACAGCAGCUUGUCAACCUACCAUGGUGAUCACUCAGCAUUUAUGAGGACUUAUUUGGGCCCUUGUGAUUGUUUGACACUAAAAUUGUAAAAAUGAACAAUUAAAGAAUUCUAAUUAG